GCAGCCCACCGUGGCCUCUGGAUGCCCCCUGAGCUGCCGUACUGAGGCAACCAGUGGAUGAGCAGGCCCUCCCCUGGGGAGCAGACACCUGGGGAAAGAGGCCCGGGAUCCAGGGCCAUGUCUGGGAAGCGAGGUCGAGCUCGCAAGCCCCGAGGCAGGAAGGCAGGCAGGGCCCCACAGGCCACCAAGCAGCAGGGCCCCGGGGCUGAGCCCCCGCCCCCCGCUACAGGGGGCCCUUGGGACCAGGCCAGGGUGGCCUCUACAGGGCACGUGACCAGCACACAGCUGGCUUCUCAGGGACACCCCAGGGCAGCCAGGACAGAGCAGCCAGAGGCAGCCUGGAGGCCAGUGCAGGCCGCUGCUGCGGGGUCUGAGCUGGUGCUGGUCCUCCCUGAGCACAUGGAGGGCCAUGAAGCAGGGGGCCCCAUGCCGGCCCUGGGCCCCGAACUGCUAAGGCUCCAUGAAGUCCAGCUGUGCCUGGCCCAGGAGCAGCUGCUGCUGGAGGAUCGGCGGCGACAGGUCCAGCUGCAGAUGCAGCUGUGGCAGGAGGAGCAGCUGUGGCUGCAGCAGCUGCAGGAGGAGCAGGCCUGGGUGCACAUGGAGGGGCUGCAGCUGGCCGUGGCCCUGGAGCAGCUCCGGAGUGAGGGCCUGGAGGUACUGCAGACCCAAGGCCAGGCCCCUGGCCCCAACAUGGCUCGCCGCUCUCAGAGUUCCUCGCAGGGGGAUAACCCACUGGCGCCUGGGUACCUGCCACCUCACUACAAAGAGUACUACCGCCUGGCGGUGGAUGCGUUGGCAGAGGGUGGACCAGAAGCCUAUAACCGCUUCCUGGCUACAGAGGGGGCACCCGACUUCCUGUGUCCUGAGGAGCUAGAGCAUGUGAACCGCCACCUACAGCCCCCACAGCAUGCUGCCCGGGAGCCCCCUGAAGGCAGCCCUCCUGAUGUGGACAUGGAUGGCUCCUCAGGCACAUACUGGCCAGUGAACUCAGACCAGGCAGUUCCUGAGCUUGACCUGGGCUGGCCCCUGACCUUCGGCUUCCAGGGCACUGAAGUCACCACGCUAGUGCAGCCGCCGCCACCUGAUAGCCCCAGCAUCAAGGAUGAGGCUCGAAGGAUGAUCCGCUCUGCCCAGCAGGUGGUGGCCGUGGUGAUGGACAUGUUCACUGAUGUGGACUUGCUCAGCGAAGUGCUGGAGGCUGCUGCACGCAGGGUCCCCGUCUAUAUCCUGCUGGAUGACAUGAAUGCACAACACUUUCUGGACAUGGCGGAAAAAUGCCGAGUCAACCUGCACCACGUGGAUUUCCUGCGUGUGCGCACUGUGGCUGGCCCCACCUAUUAUUGCCGCACUGGGAAGUCUUUCAAGGGCCACGUGAAAGAGAAGUUCCUGCUUGUAGACUGUGCCGUGGUGAUGAGCGGGAGCUACAGCUUCAUGUGGUCCUUCGAGAAGAUCCACCGCAGCCUGGCACACGUGUUCCAGGGAGAGCUGGUCUCCAGCUUCGACGAAGAGUUCCGCAUCCUCUUCGCACAGUCUGAGCCCUUGGUGCCCUCAGCUGGGGCGCUGGCCCGCAUGGACACUUAUGCCUUGGCUCCAUACUCCGGGGCGGGGCCCCUGGUGGGCAUCCCUGGGGCGCCCACCCCUUUCUCCUUCCCUAAACGGGCACACCUGCUGUUCCCUCCGCCCCGCGAAGAAGGCCUGGGUUUCCCCUCCUUCCUGGACCCAGAUCGCCACUUCCUUUCGACCUUCCGCAGGGAGGAGCUGCCCCGGGUGCCCGGGGGCGCUCUGGAGCCGCAUGCAGGGAUGCGGCCACUGUCGCGACGGCUGGACACGGAAGUAGGGCCCAGCGGGGAGUUCGGGGGCCCACGGGGCUUCCUCCAGGCGCGGCACCUGGAGAUGGACGCCUUCAAGCGGCACAGCUACGCCGCGGCCGACGGCGCAGGCGCUGUGGAGAACUUCGCGGCUGCGCGGCAGGUGUCCCGACAGACGUUCCUCAGCCACGGGGACGACUUCCGCUUCCAGACCAGCCACUUCCACCGGGACCAACUCUACCAGCAGCAUUACCAGUGGGAGCCACAGUUCGCACCCACACGUCCGCAGGGCCUGUUCGAGAAGCUUCGCGCCGGCCGCCCGGGCUUGGCUGACCCCGACGACUUGGCGCUGGGCGCUGGGCCGCGCGUCCCCGAGCUUGGCCCGGAGGUGCACCAGCGGCUGGAGUACGUGCCCUCCAGCGCCUCGCGCGAGGUGCGCCACGGCUCGGACCCUGCCUUCAAGCCUGGUCCUGGUGGCCUGGAACCCGGCGGGGCCCUGCGCCCCAACCUGGGCCAGCGUUUCCCAUGCCAGGCGGUGGCGAGGCAAGGCCCAGACGCUGCUCCAGAGGCAGAGCCCGAGCGCAGGCCCGGGCCAGAGGGGCGAGCGGGGCUGCGGCACUGGCGCCUCGCCUCUUACCUCAGCGGGUGCCACGAGGAUGUGGGUGAGGAGGGCCUGCCCACACCCAUGGACGCUGACGUCUACGAAGAUGACGUGCUGGCUCCUGGGGGCCGGGCGGCCUUCCGUGUCCCUGCUACCUUGCCAGUCAAGGGCCUGUUGCCAGGCCCGGGAAGCGGUGGCGGCGACAGCUCGGAGCGCGAGGGCUCGGAGGAGGCAGGCCUGGUCAGGCAGGACUCGUUCCGCUCACGCCUAAACCCACUCAUCCAGCGCAGCUCCAGGCUACGCUCCUCACUUAUCUUCGCGCAGGCUGAAGGCUCUGGAGGUGCCACAACUGCCACCACUGAGAAGGUGCAGUUGCUGCACAAGGAACAAACGGUCAACGAGACGUUGGGUCCCAGUGGAGAGGCCAUGCGCUCCACCGCCUCUGCUAAAGUGGCCGAGCUGCUGGAGAAAUACAAGGGUCCAGCCCGUGACCCAAGCGCGGGGGGAGGUGCGGUCACUGUCUCCAGCCACAGCAAGGCUGUCGUGUCCCAAGCUUGGCGGGAAGAGGUGACCGCACCCGGCGCAGCAGGGGGCGAGCACCGCAGCCUGGAGAGCUGCUUGCUUGACUUGCGUGAUUCCUUUGCCCAAAGGCUACACCAGGAGGCGGAGCGGCAGCCGGGAGCCGCCUCCCUCACGGCUGCUCAACUUCUUGACACGCUGGGCCGCAGUGGCACUGACCGCCUGCCCUCCCGCUUCCUCUCUGCCCAGGGCCGCUCCACCUCCCCGCAGGGGCGGGACAGCCCCCCGCCAGAAGUGCCUGCUGCACACCAGGUGCCCCUUUCUGAGCCCAAAGGGAGCCCCACCUCAGCCUACCCAGAGCGGAAGGGGAGCCCCACGCCAGGGUUAUCCAAUCGGAGAGGCAGCCCAACUACAGGAUUUAUUGAACAGAAGGGCAGCCCCACCUCGACCUACCCAGAACGCAGAGGUAGCCUGGUACCCCCUGUGCCUGAGCGCAGGGGCAGCCCGGUACCCCCUGUGCCUGAGCGCAGGGGCAGUCUCACCCUCGCCUCAUCCAGUGAGUCUCCUAAGGUUGGGCCCACAGAGGAGGUGGCUGGAGGCCCCAUGGAAGUCCUGCGCAAAGGCUCCCUCCGCCUCAGGCAGCUGCUGAGCCCCAAGAAUGAGCGUCACGGGGAGGAUGAGGGCAACUUCCCAGUGCCACAGGAGAAUGGGCAGCCAGAGAGUCCCCGGCGACCAUCUUUGGGCCGAGGUGAUAGUACAGAGGCUACUGCAGGGGAUGAGCGGGGCCCAAGGGCACGGCUAUCCUCUGCCACGGCCAAUGCCUUAUACAGCAGCAACCUACGAGAUGACACUAAGGCCAUCCUGGAGCAGAUCAGCGCCCAUGGUCAGAAGCAUCGUGGGGUUCCAGGCCCAGGCCCAGCCCACAGCAGCCCCGAGCUGGGCCACUCACCAGCUCCUGGAGGCCUGGCCCCAGACAUGUCCGACAAGGACAAAUGUUCAGCCAUCUUCCGGUCAGACAGUCUGGGUACGCAAGGCCGGCUGAGCCGCACCCUACCUGCCAGCGCAGAGGACCGCGACCGCCUACUGCGCCGCAUGGAAAGCAUGCGCAAGGAGAAGCGCGUCUACAGCCGCUUUGAGGUCUUCUGUAAAAAGGAAGAGGCUGGUGGUUCUGGGGCAGGGGAUGGCCUGGCGGAGGAGGAUGCCAGGGACAGCAAGGUGGGCAAGUUCGUGCCCAAGAUCCUGGGUACACUCAAGGGCAAGAAGUGAGUGUCCUGGUCCACCAGCCCAGGCCAAGGUGCUUCCUCACUGCCACCCUGCAUCUGCUGGGCAGGGAGCUCCGUGUCCGCGUGUUUGAGUGGCAGCCACCAUCCCUCAUUCCAGAGCAGCCAAGGGGCCGGACUGGACCCACCAGAGCUCAGCUUCAGUGGGUUUCCCUGGCAGCUGCCCUGCCCUGGCCCUGGCCUGUCCUCCCAGGGUUUCAGUCCGCGGCCUGGUACCUUUUCUCACCAACCCUUGCUCCUCUGCCCCCUUCUCUCCUGCUGCUUCCAUUUCCCUGGGCUCAGAUCCCCUCUGGACCUUCACUCACCUCAGGGACCCUUCUCUCUGUGCCUCAGUCCUGCUUGCAGGGACCCAACACUUGUGCCUCAGUCUCCCCAGCUCUAGGGGUCUUUUGUCUCCUCAGGGAUUCCGUUUUCAGGGCUCUCUUCUCAGACCUGUGGUUCUGCUGCCAGCCGCUCCACCCUGCCUCCUCGCCCCUGUCCUUCACUGGCUCCCUCUCUCCUCCUGGUGCCGGUCCUCUUGUGGGGAAGGAAGGAAGAGUGUGGUUGGACCCAAAGGAAGCUUUUCUUGGGAGGCACAGGGCAGGCCUCUGAGAAGGAGGGAUGAAGGGGACCCCAGAGGGGCUGCCCUGCUGCCCAGACUGCAGCUGCCUCAGCCAAGUCUGCCCCUCGCACAGUCAAGUCCUGGGUGGCCAGGGGGAGACACCAGGAGGCGAGUCCUGGGCUCUGCAGCAUAAUAAAAUGGAGUCUGGACUGACACCCUGAAGCCAAGUCUGAUUAAGUGGCUCCCAGACAAGUGCCACACCCCAGAAGGGUGGGAUGUGGCACACUUGUCCCUGAGCUCUGGCCACCUUCCCCAGGGCAGAGGUCCUGGGAAUCCCUGCAGGUGGGGUGACCCUUGCCCUGCAGGUGCCCAGAAGACCCUAGCUCCACCUUGCCCUUGAUCCUUUCCUGUUUCAUCACCAACAUGCAAAAUCUGUCAAAGACA